CCCAUUUUAUUUCGGAUCUUUCUGCUGAUGCAGCGUUCGACCGGCCUGUGGCGUUUGAGAAAUAACAUGAUCAACCGAGUGGACGUGCUUCUGUCGAGUGUCAUGCCUGUGAUUCUGGUGGACGAAAUUCUGAGAGUCUAAAAACUGUAUGGCUCGUUGGUUGACCCACUGCCAUCAGGUACAUGUACGUGACGUAGGCAGAAAAGCAUUGGACUUAUUGACAGAGGGAUUGGGCAGCUGCUCUGGUGUCACCAAUACAAUGCGAACUCCUUGCAACACGAGACUUGUGAACAGACUAAGGACAAGAUGGUGUUCAAGUUCAUCUGCCGCCUCAACGAUGGACUACCUUCAUGCUCUAAGCCCGGUUCCUACAAUGAUCUUUCAGCCAGCUAUUCCCCAGGUGCCCAUUCCAUCUCUGCAGGACACUUGCCAGCGUUACCUGGCUAGCCAGUGGGCAUUUCUCAACCCCAGAGAAUUUGCCGAGACGAAAACCCUCGUCGGGGAAUUCGAGAAGGGGGCAGGCGUUGAUCUCAACAAUGAAUUGCUAGAACUGAACAAGAAAAACAGCCACACGAGCUACAUUACAGAUUUCUGGAUGGAUGUCUACCUCAGGUAUAGGGACUCGGUGAUUCUGAAAACCAGCCCUAUGACAUUUAUCACCAACGAUCACAGACCAGAGUAUAUGGAUCAGACGAUAAGAGCAACCAAUGUCAUUGUUUCCUUGCUGAGAUUCUUGAAGACCUUGAGAGAAGACAAACUCUUCCCGGACGUCGUUCACAAGAACCCCGCCGUCACUGAUACCGAGGGUUUCUGGAGGUCGUUCAGGUCACUGUCAGCAGAAGAUGCUUACCGGCAUGCAGUGGACAGCAGUGUGCAGCCCUUGGACAUGAGUCAGUUUACCAGGAUCUUUAAUGCUACACGGAUACCCAGGAACAACAGGGAUGAGCUGUACAAAGAUGACACCAAGCGCCACUUGCUGGUGAUAGCCAACAGCCACAUGUAUGUCCUUGAUGUCUUGGACAGUGAUGGUAGUCUGGUUCCGGGACAAGACAUCAGGGCUAAUCUUCAGUACAUUCUCAACAAUUCCAGCUCCUUACCGCCACCAGAACACCCCAUCGGGUACCUGACCACAGAACACCGUGACACGUGGACGCGACUCCGUGAAAAGCUACUUGCAGUGUGCCCAGAUAAUGAGGAAACUGUGAGGCUGAUUGACUCUGCAUUAUUCUGCGUGUGUCUGGAGGAUGACACAGAUGAUAGUAAGGAGCAGCUGGCCAGGAAAGGAUUGUAUGGAAAUGCAGGCAACAGGUGGUUUGACAAACCGUUCCAGCUGAUUGUAACAUCAGAUGGCCAAUUGAUGACAAACAUCGAGCAUUCAUGGGGGAACGGUGUCACCCUGAAGAGGUUAUUCACGGAUGCGUAUGAGGACGCUGUUAGCAGACCUGCCAUCACACCGGGGGGAACUACACAUACCAGUAGCGUAGACAGCUCAAAAAGUGUGAGCAAGCUAGAGUUCAAGCUGGACUCAGCGCUCUGCCAAGGAAUUGAAGAGGCCAAGGCUAACCACGCAUUGGCUACCAGCCAGCUGAACGUACAGUGGGUGCAGUAUCCGAGAUAUGGCAGUUCCUUCAUGAAGAAGUGCGGAGUGAGCCCAGAUGCCGUGGCACAGCUGGCUUUACAGAUGGCAUACCAUCGAGUCACUGGUGGCGUCGCAGCAACAUACGAGUCCUGCAGCACUUCCAUGUUCAAGCACGGCCGCACAGAGACCAUCCGCUCAGCAACAGCAGAAACCAAGAGUUGCACAGAGGCUUUCUACAAAAACUCCGGUGUCAACAUGGACGAGAAGAGAAGUCUGGUAAAGGCCUGCUCUGAUAAACACCGACUUCUGUCCAAGGAAGCUAUCCAAGGCCAAGGCUGGGACCGUCAUCUCUUUGCCCUGCGCUGCCUGGCUACGGUCACAGGCAGACCCAUGCCGGCAGUAUUCCAGGACCCGGCCUACGCCAACAUCAACACCAUCACGCUGUCAACAAGUACCACGGGCAUCUCCAAGAGUUCAGCCGGGGCGGCUUUCGCACCGGUAUCCCCUGGCGGGCUCGGUGUGGCUUACACUGUGACGGGAGAUGGUGUGAGUUGGAUGGGGACCAGCUACUCUGCCUCGCCGAGUCUGUCAGACUUUGCCAGGAGCGUCCAUGAAGCAUACGAUGACCUGUACGAGGUUAUGAGUUACUAAACGUAAUUGUUUCAGUCUGGGUACAUUUGUACAUUAUGACUAACUAGAGGACCACAUGUAUAAGUCAUUAGAGAGGAUUCACAUGCAAACGGAUACGUUUAGUGCGACGGAUACUUCAUCAGUUAUGAUGUCAUACGCCGCUCACUUUCCGCUAAACGUGCAGACGACACGCAUAUCCCGCUCGCUACACUUAAGUAAAAAACAGAUACGGAUAGCUAAACGUAAGUGUUAAGCGUAUCCGUUCGCUUGUGAAACCUCCCUAUUACUGAUGGUGUUACGUACCACAUUUGCACACAGGUGGUAUAUGCACACACUCGUUGAUCCUACAACCAAUAGUGUUUUCAAAUUACACACAUGCCUGAAAUUAAAAACAGCACGUCCAAUUCAACAUCCAUGUGUCCAUCAUGCGUGAAACAUAUGCGCAUUGUGUGUGCUUUAACAUCACGCUUACGUACAUGUACACAUGGAUUUUAAGAGUGCACAUCACGGUUAGGCAACUGGUAAACGUACAACUCACUGCGCAAACAGACACACGGAUUUUAGGCCGUAGUCUGUAUUGUAUUAAA